GGUGGUGGGUAGUGACCAGGGGUAGAUAUUGCUUUAAUGCUGAUUGAGAGACCUCUUUGUCAUUUUUUCCACACAAAACGAAUCUUCCACCAUGACCAAAAUUUUCUUUUGCUUCCUUCUUCCACUCUUCAUCGCCUUCUCACAAACAUCUCCGACCACGGGAGCAGAUACCACCUUCGUGCAAUCCAUAAAACGAAACCCAAUGAAGCUCCGAUCGGAAAAACUCAGCCACUUCCGAUUCUACUGGCACGAUAUCGCCACUGGCCCCAAUCCGUCGGUCGUCAAAAUCGUGCAACCGCCUGCCAACAAAACCACACCCAACAACUUCGGUACGAUUUUGAUGAUCGACGAUCCAUUGACGGAAAAACCAGAAGCAGAUUCCAAGUUAUUGGGGAGAGCACAAGGGUUCUAUGGACAGGCGUCACAGGAGGAAAUUGGGUUGUUAAUGGCGAUGAACUUUGUUUUCUCGACAGGGAAGUAUAACGGGAGUACUUUGACGAUUUUGGGGCGGAAUCCGAUUUUUGAAAAGGUGAGGGAGAUGCCGGUGAUCGGAGGAAGUGGGCUUUUCCGGUUUGCUAGAGGGUAUGCUGAGGCGAGUACGAUUACUUUUGAUACGAAAACAGGGGAUGCAGUUGUUGAGUAUAAUGUUCAUGUUUUGCAUUAUUGAUCUUGUUGCUUUUCCUUCUCUGGCAACAAGUUGAUUAAUCAUUUUGGUUUUAGUUUCUGGGUUAUGAUUAAUGCUUUAUCUUUUGGAUGACUGUAAUACGUGCACUUAUUCUUCUUCAAGAGUGCUUUUAUGUAAUGGUGAUCUUUUUAGCUUA